UGAAGCUUGUUGAGUACUCGAUGGUUGUGCAAUACCUUCGCUCCUUUCUACAGAAGACCACGAGCUUCGCUUCGUUCUUCUUCAGCAAACCCAAGAUGAAUCAACUCCUGGUAAGGUGUGUAGAGGGGGAGGAGUUCAUGACAAUCUCUUUAAGCUAUGGGGACAAACAGAGUAAUUUACUCCGUUCCAAAAUGGAAACGUCAGACAAAUCGCUGUCCCGGUUGCAAAACAACGUCCGGAAACUGGGCAAGAGUAAGAGGAAAACCAAGAAGAUGAAGUGUGACCCAGCAGCCACUGCUGCAAAUGAUGAACCACCGCCGGAAGCAGAAAUCGUCUGCUCUCUGUUUGUUAAUGAUCAGAAAGUCGGUCCGGAGGUCUUCAACAAAGACGCAUGGGUCGAGGGCGCUGUUUUGCAUUUGGGUGACUUUAAAUACAGCAUUCGCAGGAACAUGCCUGCAAUUAUCAGUCUAAAACUGCCAAACUGUGUACUCGUAGGCUGUCCAAUUUACCCACGAGUGGAGUUUGAGUUUGUGACGCCCGAGGCCUGCCGGUACACAUGGUAUCGUGAAGUCAGACAAGAACUUCUUGGAAAUCCGCAAAUAAAUGUCGGACAAAUGAUCUGUUUAUCAAAUACUGCAGACGGAGGGUUGUCGUCAUCGCAGUCGGUUCCCAUGGAAACUGAGAGUGUCAAGGAAAUGGCUGUCCAGAUACCUGUGGUUGUCAACCCUUCUUUAGUGUCGCAAAUCAAAGGGUACGAGAGACGGUGGGUGGAGGUAUCCAGCGAGCAGACCUACACACCCGAGACGUCCGACAUUGGAGGACUGCUCAAGUUAGUUUGUCAUCCUGGAGAUGGGAUAAGGUCAGGUAAUCAUAAGGAAGUACAGACAGCUUACGAGGUGAAAAUGGCACCAGACGUCUUUCCAUUUGAGAGUAGGCAUGAGCACACCAAGGAGAGAACAACAGAAAACUGUUUUAGAGUGGUAUCCUACAACGUACUGGCAGACAUGUAUGCAGAUUCAGACUACUCCAGAGACUUCCUGUAUCCAUAUUGCCCUAAAGAUGCGCUGGAGAUUGAUUACAGGGAGCAGGUCCUACUCAAGGAGCUCUCAGGUUUCAAUGCAGAUAUCUUGUGUCUUCAGGAGGUUGGCAAGAAGAGUUUUGAGAGUGUCCUGCUACCAUGUCUAAGGAUGUCUGGCUUGGAUGGGAUGCUUUGCUGCAAGCAUGGCAAUGUGCCUGAAGGAGAAGCCAUCUUCUACAGGACAGACAAAUUCAGACUACUCGGCAGCUAUGAUGUGGCCUUCUGCGAGGAGCUUGUGAAAGAGCCACGUCAACAAAGUCUCCUUGAGGUCGUAGUUCAAAGCAAAGCAAUGCUCAAGAAGUUCCUGGGUCUUGCUGCUAUCGUACAGGUUGCUGUCUUAGAACUCAUCAGCGACCCGUCUAGGAGAUUGUGUGUUGCCAAUACUCAUCUUUACUUCCACCCUAGAGCAGCUCACCUCCGUCUCAUACAGACUGCCAUCCUGGUCGAGCAUCUUGAGAAGGUCUGCUCAAUGUACAACAAUGAGAGUGAUGGUGUUCGUCCUGCCAUCGUUCUAAUGGGUGAUCUGAAUAGCUCUCCCUCUAGCGGUGUGUACCACUACCUAACUAAGGGAAGCAUCAAAAAGGACUCUGUAGAGUGGUAUUCAAAUGGCAAAGAGGAGUUCUGUGGAGGAGCUGCUCUAGAUAAUCCCAUCACUUUCCAAGACGUCUGCAAGGAUGUCGACUACACUAACUUUGUUGCCAGCUUCCAAGGCAAGUUGGACCAUAUCAUGGUGGAGGGUGAUAAGAUUGAACUCCAACAAGUCAUCCCCCUGUCCUCUCAUGAAGAAGUAACGAGACACAUUGCCCUGCCGAACGCCGUCUUUCCUUCGGAUCAUUUGGCGUUGGUUUGUGAGCUUGGGUGGAAGGCUGACAGGUGAUCGUAUCAAGGUGACCAUUCAACUUGAAUUGAUAUUGUUUUUGAUUUUUUAUGUUCAAGGCACUGGACACGUUUGGUAAUUGUCAAAGAGCAGAAG